AACAGACUAAAACCAUUGUAACGGUUUCCCUUUACAUGUAUUUCUCUAUAUUAAUUGUUAUAUACACGUCAUUAUAUACAUCAUACUGUAAUUCUAGUCCAUUAUAUUUUAUUUAUCAAGAACCAUGGCCUGUAUCCUUAGCAUGGAAAUGUAGUGGUACACCAAUGUUAAAUGGACAACGCGUUCAGUUCAUUGAAGAAGCGACAGAAGUUUAUUAUGAUACAUUAAUGUCUGGAAGAUUUAUAGAAGAUAGAAAUUUAGACGUUAUCAUACCACCGAAUAGCAUAUUAAAAUCAAAAGAUUAUUUAAAUAUGCUUGAUCUAGUAAUACAUACAUCAGGAAAAAAUCUUGGUAAUCCAGUUGUAAUGCGGAUUAAUUGUGAAUUAAUGAAUAAUUUAAAAUGGGUCAAAGAAGUAUACAAUAGAGCAUUAUCCAGAAAUACAAAGACAUUUAGAGCUAUACUGGAUAUUAUUUAUAGAUUGGGUUUAUGCAUUCGUGAGAUUGAUCCACAUUUAAAUUGCCCAGAUGUUUGUCGAGGUAAAACACAUAAAUUUUGCAAAGACAAACCAUACACUGUUGGUUUCUGUGGUACUUAUAUGAAUGACUUAUUACGUGAUGCAAAAAUCCAUUAUACAGAAGAGAAAAAAGUAAAAGAAUUAAAAAGGAUUUUGAAAAAUUGGUUAUUACAUGUACCUGUUGAAAGACGUCUACCGAUGGAAUUUUUUCUGCAUUUUAUUAAUAAUAAAAAAUUGUUUCUCAAAGUCAUUGAAAUUCAACGACAAAGUGCAUUGAUAGCUUAUUGUCCUUGUCAAGCUAAAUAUAUAUAUGACAGAAAUUCAGACACAUGUUCGAAAGUAAGAAGACAACAUAGUUGUUACAGUGACAGUUACUGUGCGAAUGGAGGUACAUGUGUACAAAAUCUGGAGAUUGAUCAUCUGGAGUCAGGCUUAUUUUGUCAAUGUCCACCUGCUUUUAAAGGUACUCAGUGCGAGUAUGAAAGAAAUCCAUGCGAAGAUGAAGUUGGCUGUGUUCCAUUUUCUUGUGUGCGAGAUCCACGAAAUUUAGAGUAUGGUUCCCGUUGUCAAUGUCCUACAACACAUCAACAUCAGACUGAAAGUGAACCCAGGUGUGUACCUAUAUCAGUUUGUGGUGAAUUCAAUAUAACAAGUGAAUUUAAAAUGAGAAGGCAACCAUGUAGGAAUUCGGGUCAGUGUAUCCAAGAUACUAAGAAUCCAACUUUGUAUAAAUGUAUUUGUAGCCAUGGUUAUACAGGUGAUCAUUGUGAGAUUGAACCAUCACCAGCUAUAUGGAGUGUAUGGUCAGCAUGGUCUAAUUGUUUAUGGCCUGAGUUAAAUGAAAUAUGCCACAAAAAACCAUAUCGUCAACAAAUACGCACUUGUAUAACUAAUGCAAUCGGCCAAAAAUGUAUGGGGGAAACAAAAAGGAUAACACAUAUUGGAUGUGAUCUCAGUGUACUCCAUUCAAAAUCAGAGAUCAACGUAUCACAAACAAAACGUGAGAAUCUAAUAAACGCAUUAAAACUAUGUGAUUUAUAUAGUAAACAAUAUGUUAUGCCAACAAGUGAAUAUGGAUUAAAUCAACAAUUAAUAAUAGUUGAAGAAGCCGAUGAUUGGAUUACAACCGGUUUUGAGGAUGCACCACAACUACAUUUGAGUGAGUCAACAGUGACUGAUCAAUCACAGUCAGCAAACUGGCCUACGAGACAGAACUAUCUACUCACCACAGGAUGGAUAUAUUUGACCAUAAUUCACAUAGGAACAAUACUUUUUUGGAUUCAUUACAUACACCGUUGGAGAACACAACGAAGAGAUUAGUCAAUAGCCAUUUUAAUAUCGCCGAUUUCGGUACUUUGAUUUGCUUUACACCUGUUUUGGUUUUUCAUCAACAGUACUAUUGCGAAUUCGCAGAAGUAUCUGGAGUGGGACAAACUCUAUCUUCUCUGAAGUAGUGCUCAUUGCAAAUGCAACAUCGUCGCGAUGACUAAUAAAAGCCAACUCGUGUUAGUCAAGUGUUUUGAUUCAUUUUAGUGAUCUCUAGAAGCAAACAGAUGUAGUUUCACUUAACGACAAAUUCAAGUACCAUUCAAGCAGAUUGUGAUGACGUGUUUGGAUAGACUUUUUAUCAAGUUCGUUUGAAAGUAACAAGUUGGAUGCAUAACCUGAGGGUUUUGAGUUUAUUGCUAUCAGGGUUAUGUGUACGGACUGCUGAGUGGUUCUGAGGUAGCUAACAGCAGUCCUUGAUUCUUAGCUUCUCAGAAUGACGUAAGCCCGUUAUCAAAAACGAUAAUCUUCUCAUAAGUUUCAUAACCACUGAUUCCGAUCAUUUCAGAAAGUUUAGGUGAUAUAUUUUUAUAACUCCGUCCAGGUAAUUGACGUACAGUAAUCAAUGAACGUCCACACUUCGACCGACUGGUCCUUUCUCUCCUGUGAGAAUAUAACUCAUCUGACUUCAUAUAUUCGUUAUCAGGUGAAAAGGUAUGUCCCUGCCACUGAGACAGACGUUUUUAACUGAGGUUUAAUGAUACUUCUUGUUUAUCCAAACCGAAUUAGGUGAUGCUCGGCUUGUCAGGUCCUUUAACUGUAAACAGACCGUCAUUAUUGUCCAACAGCCUAACUGAUAGCUAAGUGACUCCAGCAAAGAUUGGUGAUUAUUUGAUUAAACUGAUAGUCAAAUGUUUGUUGAAUCUUGCAAGGGACGACUGUAAAUGCCGUUCUAAAUGGAAGUGUUGUUAGGAACUAGAAAACGAAGAAUAUGAAGCAUUAGAAGGAACAUUUCAAGUAAGAACACAACUAACGAAGAUUCUGGC